UUAUUGCGAAGUGCUUACUGCGAAAGGGAAGCCCAUGUCCAUAUUCAUCUUGAAAAAGAUUCUGCGAGUUGUUAGAUAAUGUUCAAGCUAGGGGUAAUUUUUAUAUUGGCUACCAUCGUGGUUUUCGCUCAGAGUGUACCCGUUCUGGAGGAAACGGCUUUGGUAUCAGAAUGUCUAGCCCUCCAUAAUAUCAGCCAGGCUGAGUUCCAGGAGCUUAUAGAUAGCACCAGUUCCGAGGAGGACGAUAUCGAGAAUACCGAGAGGAGAUACAAGUGCUUCGUGCAUUGCCUGGGUGAAAAGGGAAACAUACUGGACUCUAAUGGCUACUUGGAUGUGGACCUGAUUGACCAAAUAGAACCUGUGAGCGAUGAGCUUCGCGAGAUUCUCUACGACUGCAAGCAAAUUAACGAUGGUGAGGAGGAUAAGUGCGAAUACGCUUUUAAGAUGGUGACUUGUCUGACAGAAAGCUUAGAGAACGAUGAGGUCACCGAAGCGGAGAGAAAUGUCGACGUAUCUACAAACAAAUUAAAUGAAUAAUCUUGCAAAAACUGGUUGAGCAACUCAAA